AUGCGCUUGUGGCCCUUCUGGCUGCUAACGCUUCGGGGCCUCGCCAACCCAAGUUCGUUUCCUGCAUUGCCGCAGAGGGCCUACGAGCUGCACUGGCCGGUGCUAUGGGAGGGUGGCGCACGCCGCCCCUUGCCUCAGGGCUGCGACGGGAAGGAGCUGACGAAGGCUUUGGAAUUCCUCAACCACACCUUCGAAGAUGUGGAGCUCCAUCUGUCGCCAGGUGCCAUCGUUUCUUUCCUGGGCGCCGUGCUGAAGUCACCUGCCUUUGGCCGACCGGGCCCACCGUCCCUGCUGGUCCUUCCUGGGCUGCCAGGGUCUCUCCAAAUCGUGCUGACGCUGCUGGCAGUGGGCCUGCUGAACCAUUCUGCUGCCGUAGAGGCCAUGGCGGAAGAUAUCGGGGAUGGCGAACAUCUCAUCCCUGUCCCAGGGGUGGAGCUCAAGGACCUCGCCGCUCCCAACAUCGUGGACUUGGCUCGCGCUCGCUUGCCCAAAGGUGCAGAUCUGAAGAUGUUGCCGCAGCACAUCUUGGAGGAGAAUCUGCUUUGGCAGGCAGCCGACGAGCUCCGGUUCUACGCCGACGCCGACGCUUGCGAUGCCGUGGAUCUGGUGCCAGUUCGCGGUGCCCUGAUCAACGUCCUUCACGGUUAUGCUUUCAACUACUUCCACUUUCUCACCGAGCAGGUGCCCGCCCUCAUCGCUCUUCGCCAUGAGCUGGACUGGCUCCCAGAGGAUCGAAUACACAUCCUCUACGCAGGAAUGAGCUGGCAGGCAGAGCUGAUCGAAGCCGUGGGCUUUCGCGGCUCCCAGCUUCUUCGAGCUGCUCCCUGCACGGCGUUUCGUGGGGACCUGGUCUACACCGCGGCUGUCCCCGACUCCAAGGCCGCAGAGCUUCUCCUGCAGACGCAGGCACUUUUCCCGCCCCCGGCGCAAAGCACUGGUCCGACACUCAAGGUCUUGCUGGUGGAACGACGAUGUGAGGGAUCUCCUGGCCACUGCACGGGCACUGCUCGGCGGGGGCGCAGCGUGACGAACUUCCAGGAGGUGUUCGAUGCAGCGGCGCAGGAGCUUUCACCGGCCGAUGUUGUCAAGUUCCGCCCCGAGGCUGCCAGCUUCGCAGCUGCAGCAGUUGUAAUCGCAGCAGUGGGGGCAGCCCUGGCGAAUGUCGUCUGGAUGUCCGAGGGGAGCCUGGUCGUGGCGCUGCACCCAGCACACCCGCAAACCUCCUUCUCAGUUUACAGCAGCCGCUGUGGGCAGAGUUACUUCUGGCAUAUGGCAGAGCAGCUGGGCUUGGAGUACCGUGGCUUCCUAUGUGCCGACAUGACUGUCAGCGAAGGCGGAACGGUGGAUGUGGAGGACUCAUCACAACAGAUGCAGGGGCUGAUGACGAGUCCCGGAGCCCUCCCGGAAGAAGGUCUCGAUCCACAGGAUGAAGCCAAGGCCAAGGAGGAGGAAGCCGCGGCUGCGGAAGAGUGGACCUAUGUCUAUCCCCAGGAAGAAGUACUUCCUGAAGACUCCGGCAACGAAGAGGCGGAGAGCAAGGCCCAGCAGGUGGAGGAGAACACCGACCCCGUAGUGAGGUCCUGGAUUGAACGUGCGAAGGCUUUUGCAGAUGUGGAUCGAGACGGCGAGGAGCAGUGGGACGAAGGUCUGGUCGAGGCACGCAAGCUGCUGGGCGAGCUCGAGCUCAUUCCAAAAGAAGCCAGGACCAAAGAGCUCGAUGACACCGUUUGGGGCGUCACGAUGCCAUACUGCGCAUGGGUGAUGGGAAAGUGGGGGGUGACCGUCCACACUCCGAAAGAAGUGCUUUGGGACAUUGCUCGCGCAGACCCGCUCUUCGCGAAGUUGGCAAAGAUUGAUCCGAAAGAGGCCUACAAGAAGAAGGUGCCCAAGUCGGUCGGCUAUCGCCACAGCGCUUUCAUGGACGAGCGGAAGACAGAGGACGAAGCCAGUGUCGAGGAAUGCCAAGAGGUUCUCGAGCUGGGGGAUAAGGUCGACUCUUCAAAGAAGAUAUUUGGCCGAGCACAUCAGGGCCAAAAGGUCGACACCUACCUGAAUGGACCGGAGCUGGUCGACAACAUCAAUGCUGUACUCGCAGGUCGCCUCUUCGUGGAUCCUCAGUUCCCUGCGAACAGCAGCACCAUCGGCACACGCGCCGUGCGCGAGAUUACUGGAUGGGGCCGCCCACCAGCCGGGCACUCGCUGGUGAAGGAUGGUUUCGAAAUGGAUGACAUCAAGCAGGGAGGACUUGGUGAUUGCUGGUUUAUCAGUAUCUGCGCCGUCGUGGCAGAAUGGCCUGAGAUUUUGCGAAAGAUGUUCUACCCAGUAGAGAGCCCGUCUCCCUCCGGAGUCUACGCAGUUCGCGUCUACGAUGGAUCGCAAUGGGUUUGGGCCACUUGGUGGAGAAGUCCACGAGGCUUAUACCUCAGUCCUUCGAAGUAG